CGCCAACAUGCCGAUAUUGACAAACGGCUUUUCGCGAUGCCACGUCCUCGAGGUCGCCUACUCGAUGCUGAGCUUCACGAGCGCCGUCUUUCUCGCCAGAAUCGGCCUCAACUUCCUCAGGCCGCGCAAGGUCAACGUGUCGGAUGGGUUCGUUUUCCUGGGCUUCGCUUUGUCCAUUGCGCAAUGCGUUCUGUACAUUACCGCAACGCCGUAUAUGCGCAGAGUGUAUGCCGCCUACGUCGGGGACACGCCGUUUUAUCCCACCAUCGACAACGACGUGCACACCAUGGCUAGGAUGCUCUUUUCCGCUUAUUUCAUAUACUAUGCGGUGUUGUGGGCGAUUAAGUUCGGUCUGCUGUUUCUCUACAGAGGACUCCUGGCUGGUAUACCAAAGCGUUAUACUCUCAUAUGGUGGUGCAUAACUGCGUCUUGCAUCCUUGUCUUACCCGUCAUCUACUACCUUCUCUUGACGUGCUGUGGAAGUCCCUCUGGGUUCGUGACGGGCGAGGGUUGCCUGGGAAUACAUUCAUAUAACAAGCAACUGCUAUGUUUGUACUUUGGCUUUGCCAUGGAUACGUUGACAAACAUUGCUAUCAUGGCAUUUCCCGUUUGGGUCAUAUGGGACCUUCAGAUGCCGCGCGGCAAAAAGAUCUCCAUCAUGUGCCUGUUCGCAACUGGUUUCAUCUGCGUCAUGUUCGCCUGCCUGCGUGUCAUCCAGGUCGGCGUCAACACAUCCAAACCCAUCAACAAAGGCCUACCCCUUGAUCCUACAUGGCUUGCUAUCUGGGGGAUGGUGGAGUGUUCGAUUGCUGUCGUAAUUGGGUGUUGUCCUGCGCUCGCUGUUCUGUUGAAAAUCUUCCAUUCCAAACCAUCCUCGCGACCUACUUACAACCCCCACGGCUACCUGCGACAAUCAAACAGUAACUCAGACAGUGGAAGUGGACUCAAAACAGAACUAGGGGUUGUUGAGCACAAAGAACCCCGCAACGAGAAAUGGUCGUGCGGGUUGAACAAACACGACUCACGCUGGACGGAUGCAAACAGUAGCCAGCAGGACUUGAGAACUGACCACGAUGCUAUCGUGGUUCUCCACACGGUGAGCCAGGACUCUGUGGAUAACUAUGAGACGCGGUGA